UUUUUUUUUUGUUUUGCCAAAGGAAACCACGUCAUGUAUAAAAAGCGGUUCUUUAGUGUCUUUACCGCCUGCUCUCUGUCAACAUGUCAAGCUACGUUCAGAUGUUCCUUCCCCUUUUCCUCAUAUGGUCGAUUAUUUUUAAGCCUUGUUUAUGUCAACAAGAAGAGAAUGUGACUGACGACAUGGAUAUCAUCUUUGAUAACUUUGAUUAUAGUAGCAUUCCUAUGCUCUGUGAAAAAGUGUCUAACCGUCAGUUCCGCCAGUGGUUCAUGCCAACCUUCUACUCCAUCAUCAGCUUCACAGGACUGGCAGGGAACCUCUUGGUCAUCCUUACGUUCAUCUACUUUAACCGCCUGAAGACUAUGACAGACGUGUACCUGCUCAACUUGUCAUUUGCUGAUUUCCUCUUUGCAUUUUCACUUCCUUUUUGGGCAGCCAAUUCCAUGACAAAUUGGGUGCUGGGCGUAGCAAUAUGCAAGAUCAUGCAUGUUGUUUACAAGGUGACUUCUUAUAGCAGCAUGUUCCUCCUCUGUUUAAUCAGUGUGGACAGGUACUUUGCCAUAGCCAAAGCUGUUUCUGCUCACCGCCUUCGCUCCCAAGCGGUGCUUUUCAGCAAAGUGUCGUCUGUUAUUGUCUGGCUUCUAGCUCUGAUUGUCUCCAUACCAGACAUGAAAUAUACCACAGUCAUCAAUGACACCUGUACACCUUUCUCCAGUACUUCUGACCCCCUUCGAAUAAGCAUCCAGACAAGCCAGAUUGUUGUCGCAUUUUCCCUCCCCCUCUUGGUCAUGAGCUGCUGUUACAGUAAAAUCAUCCAGACCCUUUGUAAGACUCAAAACUUUGAACGGAAUAAGGCUAUAAAGGUGAUUCUCGUUGUGGUUGUUGUCUUUGUGGUCUGUCAGCUACCCUACAACGUGGUCUUGUUUUGGUCCACACUUCUCAUUGCCAACGGAGGCACUACACAUUGCACGUAUGAGAACAACGUCCUGUACGCCAUUGACGUCACUCAGUGCGUAGCCUUUCUAAGGUGCUCCCUCAACCCCUUUGUGUAUGCCUUUAUCGGUGUGAAGUUUCGCCAUGACCUUCUGAGGGUACUCAAGAAAUUGGGUUGCAUAAGCCAGGAGAUGCUCUUCAAGUAUACCCAUAGGAAGAGGACAAGCUCUGCAGCCUUAGACACCGACACCACCACCACAUUCUCACCCUAAGACAGCGCAGCUACAAUUUCCUCCCGCACACCUCUGAAGAUUUAAGUCCGCCAAAAUAUUUACAGGUGGCUCUCACUUCAGAAAGGAGAUCGUUCCCCCUGUGUUGAUGUAAAUUGAAUUUGUGCAUUAGUCUCAACGUGCUGUUAAAUCCAAAUUACAGUCAAUAUUUGUAUUGUUAUGAAAUACCCUUCUAAUGCAAGAAAUAUAAAAUAUUCAACAGCAACAGCAACUUAAAUUUACUUCGCAUAACUGAAUAUUGUUGAAAUGUUUUAUGCCGGUUGCAACCUGAUGACCCUGUAUCUAGUUGUAUUUAGUAAGUGACUGUAUGUAACUUUUAUCCCUGACUGAAUUUGAGUGAUUUUUAUGCUAAAAUUUUGCUGCAUGGUAUUUUUGGUCUUUGACAUUUUUUUUUUUUAACCUAAAAUGUGUGCAUUGACUGACAUUGUAGCCUUUUACUAUAUAGCUGACAAAAUGUGCUUCAAAUGUGCUUUAUUUGCUGUAAUUUCUCAAGAACGCCAUCUAAUCCAUUAAACUGGACAAAUAGUUCCAUGACUAAGUUAAA